AUGGAAUUAAUGUCGAUAACACCACCGUGGCUUGAACGAUUAUUAUCAACCACAUUCUUCUCUUCCUGCAAAACUCACAUGAACGCGCCGAGAAACGAGUGUAACAUGUAUUGUCUGGAUUGUAUGGAAUCAUUCUGUUUCUAUUGCAAGCAAUCAUGGCACAACGAUCAUCGAGUAAUUCAAAUACGAAGAUCGUCUUAUCAUGAUGUUGUGAGGGUGGCUGAGAUUCACAAGGUAUUGGAUAUAAGUGGCGUUCAAACUUAUGUGAUUAACAGUGCUAGAGUGAUUUUUCUUAAUGAGAGGCCACAGAACCAGAUUAAGACUAGUAAUGCUGUUAUUAGUGCAACUAAAACUAAUUCACAUUUGUGUGAAAUUUGCACUAGAUAUCUAUUGGACCCUUUUCGUUUCUGUUCUUUGGGUUGCAAGCUUGUAGGAAUAAAGAAAAAUGGGAAUGCAAGCUUUAUCUUAAGCACAAAGAAAGAGGAGGAAAUAGGGAAAAUGCAGGAAAGAAGGUUAGUAUCAAAAGAAGAAGACGAAGAAAUAUUAAUAAUGCGUGAAGGAAUCCACAAACAACAAGUAUACAAAAGCACGUCUUCUCCUUAUUCAUCUCAACAAGCUUGUUCAAAUUCAAGGAGAAGAAAGGGAACACCUCAUAGAGCACCUUUAGGACCCUAA